CCGCAUGAUAAGGUGUUACAGAGGCCUUCGCCACUCUUAGUGGUGCCUUCUGAGUGGCAAGGCUGCUGGCGAUGGCCAUGGUGAUGCUGGAAAAGGCAAGGGACUGGAACACUUUGGGCGGCUCUUCGACUUAUUCUUGGCAGGACUUGCCGUGCUUCAAGCAGGUGAAGGCCGAGGUAUACGGGCAGGUUUCUAAGGAGGUGUCACCGAUUGGCGACUUCAGCUUGAAGUCCGCAGUGGCAUCCUCGAAUCCUCCUGAACUGACUCCGUCGGUAGCUUCCUUCCGUUGGUCCCCGAAGGAUUCCAGGAAGUUGUAUGCCGUGGACGGCUGGGGAGCUCCAUACUUUGCCGUCAGCGAUCAGGGCCAUCUCUGCGUGAAACCCGAAGGAGAUGGCGGCCCCGUGAUCGAUCUAUUCACUCUGGCCUCCACUCUGAAGGAUGAGGGCUUGGAGAUGCCGCUGCUCUUCAGAUUCCCUGACAUAGUAAACCACCGGCUUCACCUUCUCCAGGGUUGCUUUGACAAGGCCGUGGCGCGCUACGAGUAUCAGGGCUCUUACAGGGGCGUGUUCCCAGUGAAGUGCAACCAUGACCGCGAGCUGAUCAGCACCAUCCUGGACUGCGGCGCCAAGUUUGGCUGGGGCCUGGAGGUCGGCUCCAAGCCGGAGCUGCUCAUGGCCAUGUCUCUGCUGGGGCAGGCCCCCGGCUCGCUGCUCAUCUGCAAUGGCUACAAGGACCAAGACUAUAUCGAGCUGGUGGUGCAAUGCUGGCGGCUGGGUAUUGAGGCCGUUGUCGUCCUGGAACAGUUCAAGGAGCUGGGGGUGUUGCUGCGAGUGGCGCAACGGAUGGGGGUGCGUCCGGUGUUAGGCGUUCGCGCAAAGCUGUCCACGCGCCACGAGGGCCACUGGGGGUCCACCUCGGGCGAGAAGGCCAAGUUCGGGCUGCGGCCGCGCGAGAUCGUGGCCGUCGUGCGCCAGCUUGCCGCCCUCGGCAUGACCGACUGCCUGCAGCUCCUGCACUUCCACAUCGGCUCCCAGAUCACGAACAUCCGGGUGGUGAAGGAGGCGAUGAGUGAGGCGGCGUACCUGUACGCGGAGCUGGUGGACAUGGGCGCUGGCAUGCGUGUCAUCGACUGCGGCGGCGGCCUCGGCAUCGACUACGACGGCUCCAACACGGACGCCCCCGCCUCCCUCUCCUACACCAUGCAGAACUAUGCGAAUGACGUGGUGUGCUCUCUGCGCGACGUGUGCUUGGAGCGGGGCAUCCCCAUGCCCACCAUCGUGUCCGAGUCCGGCCGCGCGCUCGCCAGCCACCACGCCGUCAUGGUCUUUGAUGCGGCAGCGGCCGGGGCGCAGCCGGGGCGGCCGGCGCGCGCUGUCGGCAAAGGGCGCUUCCUGCUGUGCUCCUUCCGCGAGGUGCUGGACGGCCUGGAGGCCACCGCCUGCUCCCUGCGCGAGGCCUACUCCGACGCCGUCUACUUCAAGGAGGAGGCACUGCGCGCGUUCAAGCUGGGAGUGCUGAGCUUGGAGGAGCGUGCAGCGGUGGACCUGCUGUUUGACGCCACCUGCAACCGCAUCCUGCUCCUGGCAGCUGCCGCAAAGCUGCCCCUUCCGGAGGCCCUGCAGCCCUCUACCCGGCCUCAUUCGGCCACCUACCAUGUCAAUCUUUCAAUUUUUCGCUCGGCCCCGGACACGUGGGCCAUAGAGCAGGUGUUCCCCAUUCUUCCCAUCCAUCGUCUGGAUGAAGAGCCCACCGUGGCUGCCACCCUCGCUGACUUGACCUGUGACUCGGACGGCAAGAUAGACCGCUUCAUCUCCCCUGUGGGGGGGAGUGAGGCCGCGCCCGUGCUGCCUCUGCAUGAGCUGCGCAGUGGCGAAUCCUACCUGCUUGCCAUGUUCCUGACCGGCGUCUACCAAGAGGUGAUGGGAUCGGCUCACAACAUGUUUGGCAGCACCCACUGCGUUGUUGUGCGCGCCGCAGAGUGCUGCGUGCCCCCUAUGCCUGAUGACACUCUGAUACAUGAUGGCGAGGGGAAGAUACUGGGCAACGGAUUUGUCGUGGACCACGUUCUGCGCGGAGAGACAAUGGCAGACGUCCUCACACGUUGUCAGCACUCGGGUUCCGAUAUGCUGCUGGCGAUGCGCGCUGCAGCGAGUGCGGCGGUUCUGGAGGGACGCAUGUCUUCAGAGGCUGCAGAGGCUCUGGUGCAGACCUUCACGCGCCAGAUGCACUCCUACACCUACCUCAGCCUCUAAGCAGCAGCUGCUGGAGUUUCAUCUCCCAGUAGUUCUGCAAAUAUAUUGAUUAGUGUUCUGUGUUGAGCAUUUAUUAUUUAGAUAGUGUAGGUAGCUGUGGAUUAUAUGCACUGCAGUUGAAUUAUUCUGAUCUCGUUUGCUAACAGCGAGUGAGAAGUCAGCAUUUAUUACGGUAUAAUUCCCCAUGAACUAGUUGUCAGGUAGGGGCUUCCUUGGUGCUAGAAUUCUGAGAUGGAACUGUGCGCUUUUGUCAACAGAAGAUGAUCAUUGCUAUGCCAUCAUUGGCAAUUUAAAAAAAAUUAAUUUCACUUUC